CUCAAUUCCACUAAUCGUCAUCUUCUUCCCAACCAAAACCCUCUAUGAAAUCCCUCCAAAACAACAGCCUCAGCAUCAAAACCCCUCAUUUCGUCCAAACGCCCGCUUACCAUCUCCCAAUUUCUAUUCCAUUUCAUCUCUCCAUUAGAAGAACCUCUUCUCCUCCCAAAUCUUUCCCUUCUCUCUUUUCAAACCUGCAAACGAAAUGCCUCAAAACAAGAGUUCCCAAUUUUUUCUCCGUGCCCCAUCUUACAGAUUCACUCAAAAUCAAUCUUUUCAACUCCAAAACUCCAACUUUAUUCGAUCUCUCAGCUUCUUACUUACCUUUAAUGGUCGUCGUAUCAAUUCCCUCACCUUGUUUUGCCGCUGGAACGGAGGAGAUGUCUUCGAAGAUCAAUAUAGAAUCGAUUCUUGUCUCCAUUGAUGAUUUCUUCAACCGAUAUCCGUACUUUGUCGCUAGUCUUGCUUUUGUUUGGCUUGUAGCUAUACCAUUAGCCCAAGAAUACCUGAAUAAAUACAAAUUUAUUUCUGCCAUUGACGCCUUUCGCAAGCUCAGAGAUGAACCUAGCUCGCAGCUGUUGGAUAUACGGAAGAAGCAAAGUGUAGCUUAUUUGAAAACUCCGAAUUUGAAGAUCUUAAAUAAAGUUGCAGUGAGUCUGGAAUUUGUGGAAGGAUGCGAGGAGGAGUUUAUAAAGGAGGUCUUGAAGAGCUUCGAAGACCCAGGGAAUACUACCCUAUAUGUGCUGGACAACUUUGAUGGAAAUUCUCUGAAAGUUGCCAAACUGUUAUUUGAGAAUGGCUUCAAAGAGGUGUAUGCAAUUAAAGGUGGUGUACUAGGCAAGGAUGGAUGGCAGGCAAUUCAAGAAAAACUUCUACCUCCAUCUGUUCAUGUUUACCCAAAAAAGAAGAGUAGAACAUCAUCUGAUCAGGAUGAGGAGAGGAGAGAAGGAAAUGAAGAACAUGAAGAAAACAGGCAGAUAUUAACUUCAUCCAGCAUAAAUCAGGAAGCAAUCCAAAACAUUGAAAAUGGUUAUAUGAAGUCCCCGAAAUCAUCUUCCACAGCACAUGACCAUGGGAAACCCCUGUCACCAUACCCAAAUUUCAAAGACCUGAAGCCACCAUCUUCACCAACUCCAUCGAAACCUUGAAAGUUGAACUGAGAAAUGAAUUUCAGCACUCCUUUUCUUCUAAACCAUUGGCGGUAUCUGCUGCAGGCAACAACAUGAGGACUGCCAAAAAGAGGAGCGAAAUUGUUGCUUUCAUCUUAAUGGAUCACACUAUUUUGUUCAGAAUAUUUCUGGAAUAUAAAUUGUACCAAUUUUCCUUCUUUUUUUUGUUCGCGCUAAAUAUGAUAUGUUGAUUUAAACAUUA